AUGGCCCAGAAAUUCCGUAGCAGUGAGUGGGACCCCUUCUUACUGACAGGUCAGAUAGUGUUUAUGCAAUGUCUUUUCUACGGUACCACGGGUGCUCUGUGCGCCCUGGUGAGCCCCAUUUCUCAGUGGCACACGAGUCUGCGUCUCCUCUUGGAUGACAGUGAGUUACGUUUUCGAGAUCUUCAAGGGCGUUGCCUCAUCGCCGUGUUUCUCCUCUCCGCCGGUCUCUGUGCUCUCGGGUUGUGGCGGUUGGUGCGACGUACCAAACUGUGCCUCGACUUCACCUGCACCCUCUAUUUCUGGCAUUUCAUAUUUUGUGCCCUCUACACCUCUUCCUUUCCCGUCUCGGUGGCCUGGUGGCUCACUGUUGCCGUUUCCGUCAUUUUCAUGACUAUUAUGGGUGAAUUCCUUUGCAUGCGAACCGAAAUGCAGGCUAUCCCCCUGGGUGGAGCUACCAGUAGUGUGGUAUGA